AUGUCUGACAGUCAAAUAAUCACUCUAAACGUGGGCGGCACCAUAUACAGUACCACGCGUCAAACGCUCCUCAAAGAUCCCGCAACUCUGCUUGCGACAAUCGCAUCAUCAAGUGACGUCACAAGCGCAACCGACGCAAUCAUCAUACUCGCAGAUGGCACAAUUUUCAUUGACCGCGAUGGUGCGCUCUUUGCGCAUGUGCUCAACUUCUUGCGCACCGAUAAAUUAUCGCUUCCGGAAGAUUUCCGCGACACUGCGCGGCUGCGCGAUGAAGCCGAGUUCUAUGGAUUGGAGAAAAUGGCGGGGGCUUUGGCUGGAGCUGCGAUUUCUGUCAGCCGCCCGAGAACUGCGAAUGGAUAUAAUAAUGGAACCGGAGCAGAAACUGGUGAGAUUUGAGGGCUCUGAAGGGAAAAUUUAAAUUCCUUGUGAAAUUCUGGACCUGGGGGAGGUUUUUUGGACAAUUUUGGCAGAAAAUUGGAUUUUAGGUGACCCCCUCACAUUCAAUAAAGGGGGGGGGGUGCCUUUUUUGUUCACGGGUCAUUUUUCACGCGGAAUUCAAUUUUCCCAGUUUCAAGACCGUGAAAUUCAGAUUUUUCGUGAAAUUUUGAUCCGGGAAAGUGGUCUAGAAGGUCGAGGAAUCGAUUCCUGGUGGGAACUAAUUUUUUGUAGACUUAAUUUUUUGGUUCAAAAUUUCACGCUGAAUUCAAAUUUUCAGCUCUAAAGACUUAAAAUCACGAGCUAAGCUCAGAAAACCAUGCUAAUUAAAUUAAUUCCGAGUAAAAACGUGCACUUUUGCAAAAACUAUGUUAUUUUUUGUGUCCCACUCGUUUCCUUCCUUUUGCUUGCUUCUUCCCGUUUAUAAUUAGAAGACUUGUCUUUUUUCGCUCAUUUUCCUCUUCUUUUUUUGCUUGAAUGACAUCAACGGAAGGAAGUCGGAAGAAGCCGUGUAAUUUCAAAUUAAACACUACUCUAGCUGCUUUUUUUGACAUGAGCAAUAAGAAACAUUUUUUGAAGGGCAAUUUCUUUUGGUUCUCAAGUCUUCAAAACCAGAAAAUUCGGGAAAAAUUGUUUUAAAAAAAUUUUCGAAAAAAAAAAUUAGUUCCCACCAGGAAUCGAUCCCCCGACCUUCCAGACAACAUUAUCGGGGCAAAAUUUCACUGGAAUUCUGAAUUUUCAGAUCUUGAAACCAGAAAAUCUGAGUUGAGCGUGAAAAAUAACCCGGGAACAAAAAAGGUACCCCCCCCCCCUUACUAAUUGUGAGGGGGGUCACCUAAAAUCUAAUUUUUCGCCAAAACGGUCCAAAAAACCUCCUCCAGCUCCUAAAUUUCAUGAAAAAUCCAAAUUUCCGCUCAAAAAUCGAUAAUCUCUAAUUUCCAGGCGGCUACAUCACCCUAGGCUAUCGUGGCACAUUUGCAUUCGGUCGAGACGGCCAAGCUGACGUGAAAUUCCGAAAAUUGCACCGUAUUCUGGUGUGCGGUAGAGCGACUUUGUGUCGCGAAGUUUUUUCGGACACUUUGAAUGAGAGUCGAGAUCCGGGCGGUCCGGAUGAUAUUGAGAGAUAUACUUCUAGAUUGUAUUUGAAACAUCAGUGCUUGGAAAGGGUGGGUUUUGAAUUUUUGAGCGAAAAUUUCUAACUAAUUUUCGACCGAAAAAUCACAAAAUUUGAUGAAUUUUAGGCUAAAAAUCAAAAAAUUUGGCCAAAAAUGGGUACGGUAUGCUCCUUUAAAGGAGCAUGUCGGGUCCUGCAACGAUUAAGUGAAUAAUUGUAUGCGCCAUCGAAUUUUCAACAAAAAUUUGAAUAAACUCCACGUGGCGAAAAUUUUGAAAAUUCAAAAAUUCAUACAAUUAUUCCUCUAAUCGUGUCAAGACCCCAAAAUGCACCUUUAAAGGAACAUACAGUACCUAUUUUUGGCCGAAAUUUUUGAUUUUUAGCACAAAAUGCUCCAAAAUUUUCAAAUCUAGGCUCAAAAUGCUCCAAAUUGUUUGCAGGCAUGCGAUUUGAUGGCCGAAAAAGGCUUCAAACUGGUCGCCACGUGUUGUUCGGGUGCCAACGGUUUGUCGGCCACAAAUCAUCCGAUUUUGGCCAGUAAUAUGGGCUCAAUUUCACAAUCUGUGAGUUUUUGAGAAGGUUUUUGCUCAAAAAACUUGAAAAAAUUGACUUUCAAGUGGUUUUUGCGGGGGAAAAUUGGAUUUUUCGCAAUUUUUUUUUUAUAGAAAAUUGGGAUUUUAGGCCUCCUAGGCUCAUUUCAGGCCGUUCUCCACGUGUUCAAAGGCGCAUACCGUACUCUUUUUUGCAGGAUCUGAUGAAUCAACGAAACUGCGGUGAUUACGAAGAGCAAAGAUGGGCUCACUACACGGAAUAUGUGUUUUUCCGCGAACCGCAAAGCGGAUACAUCACUCCGUCGCCUCGAGACCUUUAA